UCCAGUUGUAGGCUGCAUAAAUAAAUACAGGGUAAAAACUUUGGGGAGCUUGGAGCUCUGCCAGCCUGCCUGGAUAACUGGACUUUUUGUGGAGCUUGAAGGGUGUUUUUUUAAAGGGAGGAAAGAGGAAAAAAAAAAAAGCACAGCUCCAGAAACUUGGCUCAGCCUGGGCAUAUUUCCUCCUAGCUCUGGCUAAACCUCAGCUCUGCUGGACGGACAGACAGAGCAGUCUAUGCAGAGCCCGGGAGGGAGCCUGCCGUGCACUGCAAAGGACUAGAGCAGAGCGUGGGACCAUGCUGUUCAUCUGGGUGCUGGUGUUUGCUGGAGUCCUGCAGGAACACGAGCUCUUCGCUGCUGCAGACCCUACCAGCCUGUUACCUGGAAGUUUGGGAAGCUGGUGCCACGAACACGAUACAAUGCACGAACGCUUAGAUAUUAUUGAAGAGAAGGUAAUAAAAACUGUGGAGCAUCUAGAAUCAGAAGUCAAAUCACUCCUUAGUAUCAUCAGUGAGACAACAUCAGACCUCCCCAUCCCUGCAGGAACCCCACUGAUAGACAUUUUUGAUGAUGCCAGCUGAGCACAGCAGAGACUGAAGACAGCUGAAUGUAACAGGAUGGCUGUUACGAACAGUUGCAAAUUUGUUCAUUUAAAAAGCUCCCUGGUGUUUCCAGGACUUGAGCAGAGAUGUACAAUCCUGGAAGUACUUUUCAUUUUGUGUUCUUUUGCUUUUCAAUAAAAAUUUGCUUUUAGAUAUCAUUUCAAAGCUUAGCAUUUUACAUCUUUCAGUGGCCAUACUUAAUCAAAGGUGCAUUUCAAAUACAGCAUUCUCAGUAAGAAAGUAAGAUCAGACAGGGUGCUGGACCAAAAGAAAGCUAAGAAACCUCUCAUAAUUCAAGAAGACCUUCCUUCCCUGGCAAUGAACUUAGUCCUCGUCCUCACCACGAGCGCAAACUGUGGAAGAUACACUUUCAGCUGCAAUUUCCUCUUGAGAUAAUUAGAUUGUCUGACCAAAACAGACAUAUAACGUGGUCUAGCUUUGGUCACAUUGCUGUCACUGACUGAAGUAAGAAUCCUUGUUGCAUAUCCAUGUCAAAACUUGUAGAUAGGUUGCACGGCCUGCUAGAUUUUUCCACUAGGUUUACACUCUUCAGCCUGCCUGGCUGUGAUGACAAUGCAAACUGAAUUUAACUCCAACAUCUAUCUUCCCAUUUCAUGAAGGAGGAAAAAGAAGUACCUCUAAGCAUCAUUAAAACAUGCAAAGGAGUACAGAAGGGGAAACUGAAAGGCUUCAAAAAGAAAAAGCAUAUACCUUAAAAGCAGGUAAAUGUUUUAAGUCCCUAUCUAUUUACCUGUUUAUCUCACAUAAGCGUUUUUCCCCACUAAAUAAUGAUACUGUUCCAUUUGGUCAAAAUCUGUUUAAACAUACAAUCAAAACAUCUGAGUUCUUCUAAGACUAACAGCAACGCAGCUUCUUCUAGGUAAAAAAGACCUACCCAGUCCUUACAGAAAGGUGUGUGCACUCGUGUGCAGAGAAGUUUGCACAUUCUUAAUUAAUAAGCAAUCCCUUUUAAUUGACCUAUCUCUAUGCUUCUUCAACUUACGUGUUCUUUUUUUUUUAAAAAAAAAGAUUUCUACAUUUUCAUUUUGAGAAAGGCAAAGAUGACAUUAACAUGGACAACAAAAAGCAGAGUUUUCCAAGACUUAGAAGAUAGGCAGCUUUAAUUUUAUAAUCUUUUCCUAGAUAUAGUUAGAUAUUUAAGGCACAAUCCAAAACCUGAAAGACAUUAACUGAAGAACUUGUAUCAUAUCAACAUUACUAUUGCCUUGUGACAGCUGCCCUGGUGAAACAGCAACUUGGAACACAACUUACUUAACAACAUGCAGCCAA